AUGCGCUCGUUUAUCUGGAGCCAAAUUAUCCUUUCGGCCCUUCCGCUGUUAAUCCACUUCGUUGCUGGCGUUCUGUCCUGCAAGUAUGUCAGAUCGAUCACUGUGCAGGAAUCCAAUUCUCUUGAGCAAGAGCAUUCCAAGCACUCCGAGUAUGCACCAAGGUCAUUGGCCGGUAUGCCACAAGAAAUAUCCCUCAAUCUGUCGAAACUUUUCCAAGAGGAAUUAAACAUUGCAGACUCAGAACUUUCCUCGACAGCCAUUUAUUUUACAGACGCCAUAGACAGCAGACCAUUUGUUAUCAAGUCUGUUACCAGCGAUGGCAAAAGCUGGUAUCAAAUGACUACUGAGCAACCCAUUGACCGAGAAAUGGUCUGUGAUGAGCUUAUGUUCCCGCAUCGGGCUGUUAUUGCGCGGAAAUGCUGUUCUCAAGUGACCGAAAAGACCUCAUCUCUCGGCGGCAAUAGUGUGGAAUUUAGCUGCUGUCUAUUCCUCGACAUUACGGUGGGAACUUACGGCACCUUUGCUAUUCGCGUCCAGCUAAUCGAUGUGAACGACAAUGCGCCCCGCUUCGCUCCACCUGCAGAGUCUAUGGUCAGUAGGGUGAAUAAGGAGAACUUGGUUGUUUUCUAUCUGCCGGAAAAUAUGCCGCAGGGUACAAUCAUACCACUUCCUCAAGCAACUGAUCCGGAUGAGGGCAAAAAUGCGGCGUUGACUUACCAGAUCGACAAAAUCUCACCCAGUGCUCUGUGGCAGCAACACUUUAGAAUGCUUGCUGGAACAGAAGGCGGCUGCCUAAAUUCGGACUUUACUACCGUGCAGCAUGAUGUGCCCAUACCAUCUCUGUGCCUUCUGAAAUCAGUAGACAGGGAGGUGGUUUCUGGAUUUCACUUUGAGCUCAUUGCACGUGAUCAGGGUGUGCCCAUCUUCCUGUCUACCACACUUUCAAUGUCCAUCGUAGUAAGUACUGGUAUUGUCUGUCAUUAUGACAUUCAGUCAGCCCUAAUUGAUGCACUUAAAAUCCAUCAAAGUUAA